AUGAAGGAGGCUGCUCCGGAGCUGAACGUGAGCAGUUCGGAGGCCGAAGAAGAGCGGGAGGAGGCCAAGGUGGAAGGGGGGGAGCACGAUCCGGAUUUCAACCAGGCGAACAGCAACACCAAGCGGCAGAAGGUCUCCCACCCCAACUCCGUGGUCUGCCAGAAGCAGGGCAUCCGGCGCAGCACCCGGCACAGGAGGAUCCGGGGGGAGAAGGCCCUCCUCGUCUCCGCUAACCAGACCCUGAAGGAUCUGAAGAUCCAGAUCAUGCACGCUUUCUCCGUGGCUCCCUUCGACCAGAACCUCUCCAUCGACGGGACGGUGCUAUCCGACGACGUGGCCACGCUGGGCAGCCUGGGGGUCACGCCCGAGUCCGUGGUCUUGCUGAAGGCUGACGAGCCCAUUGUGGACUACGCGGCAAUAGAUGACGUUAUGCAAGUCUGCAUUCCGGAGGAAGGCUUCAAAG